AUGUACGAAACCUUUCGAGAAUCGGCGCUUGGCCAAGCCAUUCGCUUUGUUUCCAGAAACAAGUUGCUGCAGUACCCAGAAGAACGACCAGAUUUCGUGCUCCCACCAGAGUAUCUAGCAUUGCUAUCUAACAGCGAGAAACAACACCAGGCAACAUCAGACCGAUCGAAUUCACAUCUCAACCAACGGUCUGGUAGCCCUGAUCCAGCAUCAGAUUCCUCCCAAACUGCCGAUGAAGAUGGCGAGGAUCUGAGGAGGGAGCGGACGGUGGGGAGUAUCCAGAGGGGUCCAUACAUGGAACAUGGAAGAUACGAUCCUGAACAGCAAAUCGAGCUGAAAAAGACCAAAAGCGAACCAAUUGUGCCAGUAAAGACGAAUGACGGCGUUAUUCUGGUAGACUGGUAUACGACGGAUGACCAAGCAAACCCUCAGAACUGGUCAUCGUUCAAGAGGAGCUACAUUGUCUUUGUCAUAUGCUUAUAUACAUGGGUCACCUACGUGGCAGGUUCCGUCUUUGCCUUCUCUGAACCAGGCAUUGUUGAACAUUUCGGUGUUAGUGUAGAGGCAUCUGAGCUUGGACUUGCUCUAUACGUCUUGGCCUAUGGUGUAGGACCACUCAUCUUUGGCCCUCUCACCGAGAUUCCAGUUAUCGGCAGAAAUCCUGUCUACUAUCUCACAUUCCUUGUCUUUUUUGCUCUGUCAUUCCCAGCAGCGAUAAUCAACAGCUUUGGCGGCCUCUUGGCGGUACGAUUCUUUGCUGGCUUUUUUGGCAGCGUUGGUAUCGCCAUUGGUGGUGCUUCAAUCCAAGAUGUCUUCACACUCAUCUAUUUCCCCUAUGGCCUUGGUUGGUGGGUAUUGUCAUUCUGGGCAGGCCCCGCCAUUGGACCAACCUUUGCUGGAUUUGCAGCAAUGGAAAAGGGAUGGAGGUGGCCGCUCUGGGAGGUUGUAUGGAUUUGCGCUGUCAUGGCUAUCUUCCUGCUUGCUCUCACCCCUGAGACGUCUGCGCCCAAUAUCCUUCUCAGGCGUGCCAAGCGACUUCGAAAGCUCACUGGCGAUGCUCGGCUCCAAUCCCAAAGCGAGAUUGACCAAAGGCACAUGUCAGGAUCUGCCGUUCUCAUUGCCGCGCUGAUCAGGCCAUUCGAAAUUACCAUCAAGGACCCCUCAAUUUUCUUCGUCAAUUUGUACACGGCCUUGACCUAUGCAAUCUACUUCACCUUCUUUGAAGUAUUCCCUCUAGUGUUUCCACCUUUCUACGGCUUCAACCUUGGCCAGACUGGCCUUGCGUUCCUUGCCUGUGAGGUUGGCUCAAUUCUGGCGCUCCUUCUUUACUUUGCCUAUCUUCAUUUUUACAUGAUUCCAGACAACAUUAAGAAUGGAUUCCGAGAGCAGGAGCAUCGUUUACUUCCCGCAAUUUUCGGUUCCGUUGUUCUUCCAAUUGGGCUGUUUAUAUUCGCCUGGACUGCAAGAGCCAGUAUUCACUGGAUUGUCCCGUUGAUUGGCGUGACCAUUUUUGUUUUGGGCCAAUACAUGGUUAUUCAGGGUCUCUUUAUGUACGUGCCGGUUUCAUACCCGCAGUACGCAGCCUCGAUUUUUACAGGCAAUGACUUGAUCAGAUCAGCUGUUGCUACUGGAUGUAUUCUUGCAGCCAGGCCAAUGUUUAUCAAUCUUGGUGUGCACAAGGGUGUUACAGUCCUUGCUGGAUUGAGCAUAAUGGGUAUCAUUGGAACAUUACUCAUGUACAAAUAUGGCAAGACUCUCCGCGCCAAGUCUAAGUUUGCACAAGCUUAG